UACACCCCGCACUUAAGCACAGGCUUGCAGAAGCAGGACCCUCGCACCCCUCCCCCAGCUGGACCCCUCGCACACGCGUGCCAGGGACGCACCCUAGAAGGGGCUCCUCUCAGGCUGUGGCCAUCCGGCUGAGGGGCAUGUCACACCACUGGGUCUGUGAGCCUGGCUCUGAAAUGCACCCAGCGCAAGUCCUCCCUCCUCUGGUGUGUGUGUGUGUGUGCGGGGGGCGGCGGUUUAAUCACUACAGUUUUUUCGCAUCAACCCCCCGGGAGAGCUGGCACGGGGGGGCUGAGAGCGGUGCUUCUUAGGUCUGCUGCCCAGGGACAACUUGUGUAUGUGUGUUGGGGGGGGAGGGCGAGUCACGGGGACUUGCUGCUGCUGAGCGGGGAUUGUGCAGCAAAAGGCGCCUCUCCUGCUGCCGCCCUUGCCCCGCUCCUGGCCGCCGCCGUCGCGCGGGCUCCCAGCCACGCAGGGGGAGAGGCGGCACGGCUGGAAGCGGCUCCUCGGCCAGCCGCGGCCCCGGCAAUAAACCCCAGCGGCCGAGGCUGGAACCUCCCGGCUCUGAGGCGCUUGCGCAUUGCAGGGGCGCCAGAUUUGGCGGGAGGGGGAGUGUCCAAAAAGCCCUUUGUUUGAUGGCAUCUCUGUUUACAGAGUUUACUCUUUAAUCUCAACCUGUUUCCUCCUCCUCCUGCUGCUGCUCCUGAAAACUUCACUGUGCGGCGGUGGGGCACUUUUAAGCAGCACAGAAAGCAAAGCACUUCAGCCAGCACAGGUCCCCCCUUCCUCCCCCAGUGGCUAGUCCCAGGAUGGCCAGGAGACCCAGGCACAGUAUAUAUAGUAGUGAUGAUGACGAUGAAGAUGUUGAGAUGUAUGAUCAUGACUACGAUGGUCUGCUUCCUAAGGCUGGAAAACGUCAUUUAGGAAAAACCAGGUGGACCCGUGAAGAGGAUGAAAAACUAAAGAAACUUGUGGAACAGAAUGGUACAGAAGACUGGAAAGUUAUUGCCAAUUUUCUUCCUAAUCGGACAGAUGUGCAGUGCCAGCAUCGAUGGCAGAAAGUACUAAAUCCUGAACUUAUCAAAGGUCCAUGGACUAAAGAAGAGGAUCAGCGGGUGAUAGAACUUGUGCAAAAAUACGGCCCAAAGCGCUGGUCUGUUAUUGCCAAGCACUUGAAGGGGAGGAUUGGAAAACAAUGCAGGGAGAGGUGGCACAACCAUCUGAAUCCAGAAGUAAAGAAAACCUCCUGGACUGAAGAAGAAGAUAGAAUUAUUUACCAGGCACACAAGAGGCUGGGAAACAGAUGGGCAGAAAUUGCAAAGUUGCUGCCUGGACGAACUGAUAAUGCUAUCAAGAACCACUGGAAUUCUACAAUGCGUCGAAAGGUUGAACAGGAAGGUUAUCUUCAGGAGUCUUCCAAAGCCAACCAGUCAUCAUUAGCUGCAAGUUUUCAGAAAAACAAUCACUUAAUGGGCUUUGUUCACACUCCACCUUCUGCACAACUUCCAGCAGCCACCCAACCCCCAGUUAACAAUGAUUACUCCUAUUACCACAUCUCGGAGCCACAAAAUAGACACUAUAAUGAUGAAGACCCUGAGAAAGAAAAACGAAUAAAGGAAUUAGAGUUGCUACUAAUGUCGACUGAGAAUGAACUGAAAGGGCAGCAGGCAUUACCAACACAGAACCACACGUCAAGCUACCCAGGCUGGCACAGCACCACAAUUGCUGACAAUACCAGAACUAAUGGCGACAGUGCACCUGUUUCCUGUUUGGGGGAGCAUCACCACUGUACUCCAUCUCCGCCGGUGGAUCACGGUUGCUUACCUGAAGAAAGCGCAUCCCCUGCAAGAUGCAUGAUCGUUCAUCAGAGCAACAUCCUGGAUAAUGUUAAGAAUCUCUUAGAAUUUGCAGAAACACUUCAGUUAAUAGAUUCCUUCUUAAACACCUCAGCCAACCAUGAAAAUCUGGACCUGGACAAUCCUACUUUAACUUCCACUCCACUCUGUGGUCAUAAAGUGUCUGUUACAACACCACUUCACAGAGACCAAACUUUUAAGACUCAGAAGGAGAACAAUAUUUUCAGAACUCCAGCCAUCAAGAGGUCAAUAUUGGAGAGUUCUCCAAGAACACCUACUCCAUUCAAAAAUGCACUUGCAGCUCAAGAAAUCAAAUAUGGCCCCUUGAAGAUGCUGCCUCAAACUCCAACUCAUCUUGUAGAAGACCUGCAUGAUGUUAUCAAACAAGAAUCUGAUGAAUCUGGAAUUGUGUCUGGGCUACACGAAAGUGGAAUCCCUUUGGUGAAAAAAAUCAAACAAGAGGUGGAGUCUCCAACAGCUAAAGCUGGAAACUUCUUUUGCUCGAAUCACUGGGAAGGGGAAAACCUGAACACUCAGCUCUUCACACAUGCAUCUACUAUGGAAGAUGUGCCCAAUCUUCUUACUAGUUCCGUUUUAAAGAUGCCAGUGUCAGAAGAGGAUGAAAGCAUUCACAAAACAUUUGCAGUACCUAGAAACAGGCCAUUGGCUAGUCCGUUGCAGCACCUGAGCAAUGCCUGGGAAUCAGCAUCCUGUGGGAAGAUAGAGGAUCAGAUGAUCCUCACCGAGCAGGCACGCAAAUACAUGAAUGCAUUCUCAGCACGGACUCUGGUCAUGUAAAGGGUCUACAGACAAGCAUUACGGUUUUCAAAACACUUCACGUUGACCUGGAAUUCACCGUUCCUCUACAUGGAAACUUUUCGCGAAUGGGAGAAGAACAUAUUUUUGUUGUGGUACAACAGUUGGGAGCAGCACAAAGUGCAUUUAGUCACGGAGCAUAUUCUUGUUGGAUUUCACCCAACUUAAACGGAUUUUUUUUAAAUAAAUGACACUUGCCUAAAUUAUUAGGUAUUGAAUUUUAAUCAACGAAUUAUUAUCUUAAUGCAGACUUUUAAAAAUCAAGUGAUUGUUUUUGUACUUUUUCAGAUCAAGCAGAUAUAAUACACCAGUAUUGUUAUUUCAGUGACAAACCGUGUGGGGUUUUUAUAAAGAGCAGGUACUCAGACAGUUUUAUUCUGAAUCACUGAACAAAAUGCAUUGGUACAAAAUACUGCAAUAAAAAAGCAUUACUACAAACGCUAGUCUAUACAAAGGGGGAAACUGAUCAAGAUUGUGAAUGCUCAAGAAUCCAUACCGUUUGAAGUACUAUUUGAUUUUGUUAUGGUUUUAGACCACUUAUACAUUGUGUGUUUCUGUUUUGGGGGGAUUUUUAUUAGCUUGCUUUAAAAAUUAUUACUGUAUGAAACAUAGAUUUAUGAGAGCAAAUUAUAUUUUUAUUCAGUAAUUUAAUUUUGUAAAUGCCAAAUGGAUACUGUGUUUUGCUGCUAUGGACUUUAGCAUGUAGACGUGCUGCUAGUGUAAAAGGGGCAGUACAGCUUUAUAUGGAAAGAAAACAAACUUUGGUGUUAGCUAAUUGACUCUGCACUAGCAUUUCAGACCUUUUUAUUUUAUUUUUUUAUAUAUUUACUUUCCCCCUUCCCCUUUUUUUAUAAGCAAUACUUUUGAACACUGUUCCUGGGAGAUUUCUUUUUUAUUUUUUGUCUGGUUGUGUUUUGUUUCUCAUUGGUUUGUAAGAGCAUGCAUUGCACCUUCAUAUGUUUGGGAGAACGCUGUCUUGUUCAUGUUGUCUGUUUCGUUCCAUGGUUAGCCUAAUUGUUCCCUAACUUGGGUUUCACGUACUGAAUCAGGUUCUUAGAAAUGUAUGGUUCUUUAUACUGCCGUACCAAACCUCUACCGAUCUGGCAAGAACACUGUUUUUUUUUGUUUGUUUGUUUGUUUGUUUUUAAUAAGACUCUGACUUUGCUGCCUUAAUAGCAUUUGGUGCAGCUUCAUCUGCACUUAAUUUUUGGUAUGACAAUGUACUGCCUUGUAGAUAAAUAAAGUGUGUCCUUUUUUUACUUAAA